AUCAAUUUAAAAAUUGAUCAACCAAAAAUUGCUUGGACGCAAUUGGUCUAGGGACCUACCCAUUAUAUUAUUACAGUAAUCAGCCCAAGUUGGGACUGUAAUAGUAUGAAUGAGGAUUUUGGCCACUAUGAUUGUAAAACAUUCCAUGUUCUUUUUAUUGGGGUCAAAGAGCAUGCAAAAUAGUGGGAGCUAAAUAAUUAAAAGUCCAUAUUAUUUAGUUAACUAGAUGUGAUCAUAGGAAUUAAUAUAUGAUUUUAAUUCCGUUCUAUUUGAACUUCUUUAGGCUUUUAGGAAUGUCGAAUUUAUCAUUGAGAAGUAUCUUGGAUACAUGCAAGCUUACUGGACCAAACUUUCUGGACUGGGAAAGAAAUGUGCGUUUAGUUCUUAGACAAGAAAAUAUUGAGUAUGUGUUAGACACGCCGGUACCCAAGAUUCCUGAUGCUAACUCUCCCGAGUUUGCCACGUUUGACAUGACUGCUCGAGAGAAACACGUUACUGAUGCUAAAACUGUGCAAUGUGUUAUGUUGGCUGCAAUGUCUAUGGAGUUGCAAAGGCAACACGAUAGGAUGAGCGCCUUCGAGAUGCUUGAACACUUGAAAAGUCUGUUUGAUUCAGAGAGUCAGACUCUAGAGUAUGAACUUCUGACAGACAUUUUCAAGUGUAGGCUUCAAGAGGGUGGCAACGUGUCUGAGCACGUCCUCAAAAUGAUUGGCUUAAUUGAAAGAGUUGCUACCACCGGAAUUAAGUUUGAGGAUCGUGUCUCAGCUGCUAUCAUCCUAUAUUCGCUUCCGAGUUCAUUUACUAACUUCAUUGUGAAUUAUAAUUUGAACAAAACGAAAGCGACCAUGCCUGAACUCCAUAACAUGCUCAAGUCUUAUGAAGCCUCAACCUCUAAAGGAAAGACUGUUCUUAUGGUAAGCUCUAAUGCUAAGUCUCGUUCUAAGAACAAGAAUAAGCAAAAGAAGAAAGGUAAGGUUGGACCUACUCCUACAGCUCUGAAGCCUAAAGGUGGAGGUCAUAUGAAACCAAAGGUUGCAAAGGAUGUUUGUCUCUACUGCAAAGAAAAGGGACAUUGGAAGAGAGAUUGUGAGCUGUAUAAGGCUAAUCUAGCCAAAGCACCAGGUGCUUCAAGCUCAGAAGCCUGAGAAGCAGUGUAGCAGUUGGACUGGGUAAAAUUGACCUACGCGUGAAGGCUGGAGCAAAAGUUGCUGCUGAACGUGAUAGGAUCUUAUAGUUUAGAUUUGCCCGGUGGUUUUAGAUUAGAAUUAAAUAAUUGUUAUUUUAUUCCUUCUAUUACCAAGAAGAUUAUUUCCAUUCAUAUGUUAGACAUUAAAAGAUUUCU